AUGAAACGCAUCCAAGCUGCCAACAGUGUCUUCGGCGAGAUCUUCGAUUAUCUGCCGCUGCAGCCAAAAACGCUCAGUCACACGGGAAAUUCAGUCCAACUGGUGACACACUUCCACUCGACAAUUACCAACCUCCUCUGCUUCUCACCGGAGGCCACAGAUGAGAGUCUAGCCUCAUAUGUCUUGCCUCUCGUCAGCAACUCAGAGCUGGUGUACACGGCGGUCGAGGCACUGUCCGCGGCACAUCUAUCCAAUCGGGGCCUGGCUCACCCCAGUGUGGCGAGAAGGCUGCACGCCAGUACACUGAAUAUACUCGCCGUAUCCCUCGGAAACGUGGACUUUGCAAAGGACGUGGAGGUUAUCCUUGCCACCAUUGUCCUAUUGAUCUACUAUGAAAUCGUGCUGGGGAGCUCGCUCUCGAGUGCUUAUACUCAUUUGAAAGGCGCCAAGGUAGUGCUGCAGAACUUUUGUGGAACACAGCUUUCACCGGACGCCCUGUUCUUCGUUGGCAUACUUCAAUAUUUUGAUGUGAUUGUUGCCUUCUCCCUACACCAACGAUCCCUUGGCUUUGCUUCGGGAUUACUCAAUGCUGAUAGUGUUGCAUCCGAGGUGGACGCAGUUUACGGACUGACCAAAUCUUUAUGGCCGAAGCUUGAGUAUCUCGCAAAGCUUCGGGCAUCCGAGAUGCUGCACAGCGCAUCGCACGACCAGCUUGAAGAGUGUGAAGAAUCCCUGAUCCAAUGGAACGUCGAAGAGCCUACGUCGCAGAUCCCUAGGCAGACCCAAAUUGAACGAGAAGCCGUCUUACAAAUUGCGCGUCUGCACAAGUACAGUGCGCUUACCAUCCUGUAUUCGGAUUUCGAAGACGCUUUCAGCAUUAUAAUUGGCCCCUCAAGGUUGCAGGAACGCAGAGCAGCGGCUUAUGAAAAGGCCUUGGAGAGCCUUUUGAGGGUGUGUGUGCUGUCGACCACCGUGUCGACUGUGCUUUGGCCGUUGUAUGUUGUUUCGAUGCAAGCGCGAUCGACCAGUGAUCAAGUACUACUAGAGAAUGUAUUUUCGAGCGUCAUGGAACGCCAGAGUAUGAAGGUGGUGAGCACAGCAAGGGAUGCUAUCCUACAGCGAUGGGGAGGUGCCUACAAAGGGCCACUGCCACUCCUAGGGUAG